UGCCUCCUCGCUUUCAUAUUCGUUUUCAGAAUAUUGACGUUGACGCCGCAAAAACAAGGAAGAAGUGAUGGUGAAAUGAAAAAUGGAAAGGAAUAUGUUCGAACCAAUACAUUGACCGAUGGCUCAUUUAAAGGGAAAUAUCAAUGAGGUUUGGAAAAGGAGAGCGGGGAGCGCCCUUAUAGACACCUGAGGAUCUCCCAACCGCAGUUCCUCUGUGCUUUUAACGGAGUCAUGAUUCGGCUAAGGAGGAGCGCUGGCUGGAGAGGAGGUAAACGGUCCGGUGAUGUCAGGAGCUUGGUCAUCGUGCUGCUCUUUUUGUGCGGCUUCUGUAGCAAGACAGGAGGUGAUGUAAGCAUAGAGUCUACCAUUGUCGUCACCAGUGACGUCACAGUAGCAAUGACAGAGGAAUGGAUUACCUCAAAAAUACCAACUACGAUGGUGGCAGCGAUCUCAUCGCAAGAGGGCGUCUUGUUACCUACCACACCCCUUGAUCAGGUUCCCCAGCUCACGAGCCAACCGAUCUCCCCUGUUUCUGAAAUAUUGAAAUCUGAAGUCGUAACUGCUACGGACGUUUUCACGGAGGCUUACACCUCCUUUGCUUCUGAAGAUCCUCAAAGGACUAUAGAUGCAAAUACAUCACCUAAGCUUGAGCCAAGUUCAUUGAUAUCCAGAAGCGAUCAAAUAUGGAGUACUCUACUUAGUACAAUCAUUGAUGUUUCAGAUGCCAGCUCCCAGACAGAUCUUCCAGAAAGUACUAUACAAAUCUUGCCGAGUAGAACAAAGACAGUGGUGCCAUCUACUUUAUAUCUUAGUCUUCCAGAUAGUUUAAAUCCUACGUCUAUAGACAUACCGGCCACAGAAGCACUUUCCGAAGACCAUUCUGCAACACCAUCACUCCUUGGCGAGACAGUGAUUGUCACAAGUGAAUUCCUUGUGUCUUCAGAAUGGCCAGAAUAUUCAGAAAGAGACCUAUCAAGAAACCCAACAGUUCUACAGUCAAUGUCUACUGUGGAAGAUGUGUCACUGCAGUCAAGUCUUGCCAUUCAGAGCGAAAUCACACCUUUAGAUACAGAGAUGCUCUCAUCAACAAUGUAUAUCUCUGAAACAAGUGAUCUUUUAGUUUCUCAUGUCGAUACUACAUUACUGACGUCAAUAAACAAUUCCAAGACUGUUGAAGAUAUUUCUACAAAUAUUUUUGAAACAACAACAAUUUUGAGUGACAUGGUCUAUACUCCAUGGAUAUCUUCUUCCUACCUUGUACCAUCUAGCCAGCCUCUUUCAAGUCCUGUUUCAAGGUCAACGGUUAUGUUCCCAUCUGUUUCAUAUGGCACAAUUUCGAACGCCUUCCCAAGGACGGAUGACGUCACUACUGAAAUAUUUUCCACAGUAUAUUCUGAACUGACACCUCCAUUGACGCCCUCAUCGGAAUUGGUUGGGUCUGAGAGAUCAACAAUCAUUGAUGAUAUUAUACCAACACCAUCAGAAUCAACUGGUAACAGAGUGAAAAGAAGUAUCUCCCAAGUGAUGUCUUCAGGAGGAAUGGAGUCAGACGUGGUGGUUUCAUGGCUCACUUCCGAAGUUGUUGAAACAGUGAUUUCAAGUGAAAAACUAAUGACAUCAGAUAUUUUAGGUUUUUCAAGUGGAUCAUCGGAUUUCAGAAUUUCCACAUUAUUCUCGGAUGGGAGCAUACAAAGCGAAUUCGAAACCUUGUCUCUCUAUGGAACACAGACAUUGGAAAGUACUCCAUCCUUCCAAACAAUAACACCACAAUUAGCUUCAGAAUUCAUAUCUACGUUUGAGGGCAGUUUUGGAGUAUCACCGGCAUCUGACUCCAUGAUUUAUAGUUCCGUAUUAGAAUUGAUCACAAGCGAAAUUACACCUUCAGUAUCGGAAAUGUUCUCAACAGCGAUGGAUAUUUCUGAAACAAGUGAUUUGUUACCUUCCGAUGUCGAUACUAAACUACCGUCGUCUAUUUGGAUAUCAAGGACUGUUGAAGAUAUGACUACAAAUAUGUUUGAAACACUGACAACAACAAUUAUGAGUGACAUGGUCUAUACUCCAUCGAUAUCUCCUUCCUAUCUUGUACCAUCAAACCAGCCUGUGUCAAGUCCUGUUUCUAGGUCUACUGUUCUGUUCCCCUCUGUUUCACAUGGCACAUUUUCGACUGCGUUCCCACGGACGGAUGACGUCACUACUGAAAUAUUUUCCACAGUAUAUUCGGAACUGACACCUUCAAUGACGCCCUCAUCGGAUUUGGUUGGGUCUGAGAGAUCAACAAUCUUUGAUGACAUCAUACCAACGCCAUUAGAAUCUACUGGUAACAGAGUGAAAAGAAGUGUCUCCCAAAUGAUGUCUGAAUUGGAAACCUUGUAUCUCUAUGAGACACUGACACUGGAAAGUACUCCAUCCUUCCAAACAGUAACACCACAUCCAGCAUCAAACUUCCAAUCAACGAUUGAGGGUAUGGCAUCUGAGUCCAUGGUUUAUAGUUCCAUAUGA